AUACACAUUUUGAACUGAAAUUCUUGAUACUUUCAGCCAUUACCGGUGUCAGAAGUUUUGUGUGAAUCUCCUGCUCUCUUCUUUCAUAUUUUCCAAUAAGCAAGUCGUUUUAAUCUUCCUUUACAAAACAAUUUGUAGUUCUAUUAGAGGAUCAUUCAGUUUAUAGCCUAUAAACAUUCAACAGAGAGUAAGACAGAUGGCAGCUCAUCCAAGAAGCAGAGAUGAAAUCUUCAAAAGUUUUGUGGAAAAUUUGCAACUUGUUGUUGACAAAUUAACAGAGGAUGUGCCUUCUAGGGAUGCUGCAGAAUUUAAUUUGGCUGAAUAUUGGAUCAAAAUGGAGAUUGUAUUCAAGGCAAUGUCGUUUGAGGCUACUAAACUAGCCAUGUGUUUCAGUAAACCACCUGUUCCCAGCCUCGAUGAAUGCCAAUCCCUACUUAGCUCUGUAGAGAUGAAGACUAUUGCAUUGGUGUCUCUAUACUAUGGACUUCCAAAAGAACAAGGAGUUACAUUAAGAAAGUGUACAAGAAACAUGGUAGCUGGUGUAGUAGAGAGCAUCAAAGAACUAGCUGAGGGCAUCAAGAUGUCUGGUUACAAGAGCAGUGAUGAACAGUUGCAGUCUACAGGUGCAGUGUGGGAAUCGUGUGACAUCAUCCACUCAUCUGCAAAGAACAACAAGGAAGCUGUCUUGAAGGAACUCAAAGCAACAUCAGGGCUUGUAAAGGAUGCUGUCGAAGAGUUGAAUGAGGCCAAGGACACGAAUGGAAGCAGUGGAGGCUUUGACUUUCUGCUGACCGAUGAAGAGCCUGGUAUGGAUGAAGAAGAUGAGGCCGUAUGGUCAGAUCAGGACAAGGCUGUCAUUCAUCCAGCCCUUGGCUUGGCCAGUGCAUGUAAAGCUUGUGUGAAGAAAGUCACAGAUGCUAUCAAUAGGAAUGCCAAGUAUGUGGAGAUGGUGCACAUAAAUGAGCUUGACGAGGUGGCGGAGAUAGCCGAUGAGAUCAGUCCUAAUCUGGAUGAGCUAGUGUCCUGUCUGUAUGCACCUAUGACUUACACAGUAGUACGGGCAAAUGCUACACUGAUGGCAGAGGUUUUACACAAGCUUCUAAACACGUUUCGAACAUCCCACAUGGUGACCACUGAUGACCCUAAGAUAGAUGACCGAAAGUGGAUGGACUUCUUGACCAAGGCCAUUGACCACAAUGUUGACCAGAUUAAGAAUAUUACCAAGGAAGAGAUCCCAAGAUGAUGGCAUUAUAAUGAAAGAAACUAUUUAAAUAAAAGACAGUUUAUGAACAGGUAUAGGAUACAGAGUCUUACAUGUGGAUCAUGUGCAUUUUCAACCUAGCUGCUCUACAUGUGUAUUUGGAAUGUAGUUUUUACACCAUGCAAGGGGCGGAGGAGAUGAAGAUAUUGCCUACCUUGAGGUUGAAUAUAAUGAUAUAUUCCAUUUCAAUGUAGCAGAUGGUACAUUUUAUAAUCUCUUUUGACCUGUGACACAACAUUCCUAGCAUCUGGAAGUAUGGCUUUACCUUAUAAUUCUACCUUAUAACUUAAAUUUAGCCUGAGUUGGGGAGGGUGUUGAUCCUGAAAUAACUAGCCUGAGAGUACUUUCAGACUCCCAUUCCAAGUUCUAUUGAAAAUUAUGUUCAAACUCAUUUCAAAAUUGUUACCAAAUCUGGAUGUCAUAUUGAAUUCUGGGGCCCGUUUCAUAUUGUUAUAACAAAUUUACAAUAACAAUUUUAAAGCUACUGAAAUCAUUUGAUUUGAUUGGCUGAUGGUAAACUUGUUAGAGAAAUUGUGCAUUUGUCAUUAUAACAAGUCUUCAUGAAAUGUGACCCUGGUCGUCAGUUUUGUCAGCAGGUGUUCGCAGAAGGUUAUCUCCCCACUUCACAAUUGCUUUAUACAAGAAUGCUGAAAGUCUGUUUGUUAGGCAUACAUUAAUUUAUUUCAGAUGAAUUUUUUUAUUCCAUGCUCUAAAUAGGUAUGCAUCAAAAUUUUAUUAAUGAUAGUACGCAAAUAAAUACAUAUCAAUGAUAUAACAUUUUGUAUAAUUUAUAAUACAUGUCAAUGUAUAUAA